AUGCGCGACUCGAGUCUGCUGCUCAAGUGCGAAGCGUUUCUUCUUCACCCGACCGUGCGGACGCUGUCGCUCGCUCAGCGCGUCGAUUUUCUCGAGAAGAAGGGCCUGACGCCAGCAGAGAUCGCGCAAUGUCUGACGAGUCUCACGCAGCGCGACGGCCUUUCGCAAGUCGUGCGACGCCCGAUCACCGAAUCCAUAGCUCGUGCUUUUGGCGGUCGUUCGUCCAUUGGAACGGCGACUUCGCCUCGCCAGCUGCUCCAGUUCGUCCUUCAGAAGUACGGCAUCGUGGCACUGCUUGUGGCGUGCUUGGGAGUCAGUUACGCGCACUGGAAAGGCAAAAACGGUGAACAGCUGAUAUUGCAGCACGAGGCAGAAACGACCCAACGGCAGCAGCGCCAGCACACGCGAGUCGCGGCGCUACUGGCUGUGGUGAACGAUCAGCAGAUGCAGUACAAACAGGCCGCUAAGCUCCUCGAGACUCGCGCGACGAGGUGUAUUGACGCAGCACAAGCAGCACAAAAAGCUCAAGGGAUACAAGUAGCAGAAGCAGCAGGGGUCGAUGCUGCUGCGACGUCGCUGACAGCAUUAUCCGCAACGCAAAGCACGCGACGAUCGGAGCUUCGAGCGCUGAAAAUGGAAAUGCUGGAGCUGAGAAGUGCCAUCGUGAACUCGUGUUUGCAGUCUCCGGUUGCUGCAAAGGUUGUCGACGACAAGGAGCUGCUACGGCCGGCGGAUGUCGCGGCGACGAACCGAUUAAAAGAAAAGGAUGUACAGGAGAAGACAGUCAUUACAAAGCGACUCACGAGUUGUGAUUCUGCUAUAGGCGCUCGUUAUAUGAAAGCAGAGGAAGCACGUCCGAUGAUGCCUGAAUGGGUUGGAAGCAACGACAUACAGCGAAGCAGAACCAAGGAUCAAACGGCUAUGAAUUCUGGAGAGAUUACUGAAUUGUUCGAGCUAGGCCAGACUCAAGAGCAGCUAUCGGCAGCAGGAAGCUACCGUCUUUUGUUCACCACAUAA